AGAAAUCCGAGUAUUUAAGCUGGCAGACGUGGUUAAUUUCUUACAUAUUCAUGACUUUAGAACUGCAAAAAAAAUUUGCACUGCUAAAAAUCUUCCAAUCAAAAUGUUAAAAUUUCAACUAGUUGCUGUCCUACUCCUUCCUCUCGCUGGGACAAUUCAUGGGAGCGUCCUCAUUCCCGACGUGGCUUAUGGUGUUGAUCCCAAUCAAAUCAUGGACAUUUACCUGCCCUCCAACGACACAACGCAGGUUUCCAAGGUGAUCAUCCUAAUCCACGGUGGGUCCUGGGACAGUGGCGACAAGGAUGGGAUGAGGGAAAUUGUGGCGUUUUUGGAAAUGUUUUUUCCCGAGAUUUGCAUCGUCAAUAUCAACUUUCGUCACGGAUCUCACGCGAGCCCCGGAUUUCCCAAACAGUUAGAAGACAUCGACGCGGUGGUGACCUUCAUGCAGAACACGUUCACUCAAACGGUCACCUUCGCCAUGUUCGGGACCUCGUCCGGCGGUCAUCUCGCCACGCUGUACGGCUACUCGUGGGACAAGGUCGCCCGAAAUGUGAAGGUCAUCGUGAAUAUUGUCGGCCCCACGGAUCUCACCGAUCCCGCCUACGACAACCAUUCCGAGCGGGAACGCUUCUUUAAUUUUGUGGGACCCUGUCUCCACGCGGAAUGCCCGGCAGAAUAUGUCGCCGCCAGCCCGGUUUACCACGUGGAUGCGGAUUCCCCUAAAACGAUCGGGUUCUUUGGCACGUUAGACUUUCUCAUUCCCGCAUCGCAAAUGUACAUUUUACGCGCGAAACUGGAAGAGAUCGGAGUUACGAAUAAGUUUACGCUGUACCCCGGUGGACACUGGGAUAAUUGGUCGGAUGAGAAUAAGGUGGAUACCGUGAUGCAAAUUGUCCAGUUCUUUACUGAAAAUUGGCAAUAAAUUGAAUUAUUUGGGAUGAUUUUUGUUCUUAAAUUGCCAAUAAAUAAUUAAAAUUGGUGGGUGUACUACUUUAUCAAUAUUUGGACUCUAAUUCGUACACUUCUGUUGAAUUCUUUUAAUUGGAAACUAGUUGAAAUAAAAGGAAGAUCCUAUUAAU